AUGUCGUCGUAUCCUUUCCAAAAGCAGGUGUACAUUGUGGUUGCAACAAUGACAUUACAUAACUUCAUCCGAAGACAUUCCUCGCAAUCAGAUACAGACUUCAGUAUGGCUGACAAUGAUGAACUCAAUGUUUUCGAGCAACCAACAGGACUUGUGGGGGUGUCAUCAGACUUCAUAAUUUAUUUUAAUGUGAACAUUUUUUUUUCCUUUCAGCAAUGGUCUCUGCUAAAAGCAGUGCCGACUCAGAGAGAGUCUGCUACUGAAAGUAUUAAUGAUGAAAAUUCUGUUACUGUUACUCCCGAUACUGUUUCCACAGAGAAGACUGAUGACGCCCCUACUGCUAAGAAUGAUAAUGAUACGGCAGAGGAAAACAGUAGAGCUCCAGAGCCAAAAGAGUCGGAAGAAGAAGAAGCUGCUGAAGAGGAUAAACCAAUGAUAAAGCUGGAAACCGCUCCAUCGGAUUUUCGUUUUCCAACAACAAAUCAAACUAGGCAUUGCUUCACUCGAUAUAUUGAAUAUCAUAGGUGCAUAGCUGCUAAAGGAGACGAUUCUUCUGACUGCACCAAGUUUGCGAAGUACUAUCGGGCACUUUGCCCUGGUGAAUGGGUAUGCUCCUUCCAUCAGCUUCCAUUAAGAGCAUCAUUGAACUCAAUAUUUAUCUUUUGA